AUGCAAGACAACUAUUCUCCUCCAAGCGUGCCAUCCCCUCCGCCUCUACACACAUACACGUAUGCAACCGCUGUACCUACAAUAGACGAAGAAGACGCUGAAUUCAUUUUGGGAAUCGACGAAGCCGGAAGAGGCCCCAUUCUAGGCCCAAUGGUUUACUCGCUGGCUUAUUGCUCUGCAAAGUUCAAUGAUGAACAUCUACCAACUUGUGAAUUUGCAGAUUCUAAGAAACUCACUGAAUCCAAGCGUUGGGAAUUGAUGCAACGGAUCUCUACCGAUACUGACUUGCUCAACUCCCAAUUGGGUUAUGCCAUAACGUCGCUAACUGCAACAGACAUAUCCUCCUCUAUGUUGAGGCCUAGCACUUCCAUUGUCAACUUGAAUGAACAGGCCCACGAUGCCUCGAUCAAUCUCAUCAAGCUGGUCAUUUCUAAGCUAAAAUCUAAAUACCCAACCGUGAAAAUCAAGGCGUUAUACAUCGAUACCGUUGGUACACCGGCAACAUAUGUGAAGAAACUCCGUACCUUCUUCUCGACAAGUGACAUCGAGGUCAUCAAGGUGGAGAAGAAGGCAGACGCCACCUAUCCGAUUGUAUCUGCAGCAAGUGUUGUGGCCAAGGUGACGCGUGAUUGGUAUCUAAAACAGCAGAUGCUCAAGUUGGGAAUUGACGACUUCAAUUGGGGGUCUGGCUACCCUGGUGACCCGAAUACCAUCAAGUUCAUCAAUUCUCGAAUGCACCCGUGGUUUGGAUGGGACCAUAAUGUUCGGUACUCGUGGUCUACUGCGAAAAAUGCCCUGGAGAAGAACAGGGCCGUUGAAAUAAGGUGGGAGCACGAACUCGUCAAGAAACACGGCUACCAAGAUAUACUUGAACUGGCCAAGCCGUCGUCAACAACGCCGCACAAGUUUGAAGUAUCUAAAGAUUGGUUUCUGUAA